AUGCAGCAUGGCGGGAUGGAUGGCUAUAAUCAGCCCCAGAACUACAGCAACCAGCCGUUCUAUUCAAUGCAUCAGCGUCAAAUGGGACAUCAUAGCAGCACACCUCAUAACAAUCUUGAUACCCCCAUAGAUUACUCGUCCUUGAAUUCAACUGUAGCCCGUCUUGUAUCCGAAGUGCAAAACCUGAAGGAUGUCACUCAGAACCUGCUGUUUUCCAAUAACGAGCUUCGACAAUCGAACGACUCACUGAAGGCACGCAUUCAGGUAUAUGAAGAAGCCAUCGAGGAGUUCUUGAAGACCAACAGAAACAAGAAAAAAGUCGGCAAUAGAAAUGUAUCAAACUCGCAUGCAGCCUUGAAACCAAUAAUCCACCCUUACUUUUUCGAACUCUGUAAUAUUGAUCCAUGCCUCAGCAAAUCAAAGUGCAUAAAGCUGUUGGGAGCUGUCAAACCUUUGGGCAAUGGAGAACCUCACGAGAUGGUAUCAACCAAGAUAAUAUGGCACCCAAACUGGCUUGGUAAUGUUGAUGACGAUGUCAACGCGCUGUACAUCAAUGAGAUAGUUAACCUGGUAUGGGAAAAUGAGAAGGUCACAAAAUCAUGCCGUCAAGCUGCAUCGGCCUAUGAGACUCAAUCAGGGAACAAAGGGGCCGUUGCGAUGAUAGAUACUGACUUUGCCUCCGACAUCCUUUCCUAUGAUUCUGAGGAGGACCUUUCAGCAGACACGCUAUCCAGGUGGGAGAGAGUGAAGCUUGUGAAGUUGGCGUUUUAUGUUGAAGGUUCGAAAUGGCAUUCUGUUGAUUAUGUGGCCUUCCUGCGCUGGUUGUCUUUGCGCAAUAUGCAGAAGAAUGAGGAGCACAACGAGCCUGAUAUGGACGCAGCAGAUGACACCACUCGACCACCAGCUACCAAGUGUCGCAGAACAAACAACACGCAGAAGCACCGCAAGAAGGUCUUUGACCUAGCGCCAGCAAAGAUGAAUGACAACAAGCCAAAGUCACACAAGAAAAAUGUACCCUUCAAAUCUAUGGUAUCUGCAGUCUGGGCUUGUGACCACGCUGACGAUAAAUUCCUUGAUGGUACUGAAUGGCUGAUGGGCUUUCAUGAGAAAACGGCCCAGGGUGCGUUGAUAAAGGAGAACGAGGAAUACUUGCAAGAACUUCAGAGGUGGCACGAGAAAGAGAUGGAUGGAGAGAUGGACGCUGAUGAGACGGCAGUUUGA